CCCAUCCCAGAGCCUUUCACCGGUCGCUUCAAGAGAAAACCUUUUCAAUGAUGUCAACAGAGUAUGUGCAACCACUUGAUAUCCCAGAAGACAGAUUGGACAAGCGAGACUCACACUGCAACCGUUUAGAUGACCUUUCAGAACAGUUCAUUAAGAAUUGUGACCUAAAAAAGAAACCAAGAAAGGGUAAAAAUAUCCAGGCUUCCCAGAACAGUGAGCUGGAACAGAAAAAGCCAAGGAGAAAGGAUACACCUGCCUUACACACCCCACCACCUAUACCAGGCAUCCUCUCAGACUUUUCAGAACAUUUAAUUAAAAGGUGUGACAUCACCGAAAAACCACAGAAGGGUAAAGUGAGUUCAGUCUCUCAGCUCACUGAUCAGGAACAAAAAAAACCCAGGAGAAAAGAUACACCUGCAAUACACAUCCCACCCCUUAUACCAGGUACUAACCUGCUUAAAGAAGAAAAGCAGACAGUGAUUGUGGAAGAUGAUGAAAAGGAUGGCGAAAAAACCCUUAUUUAAGAUUAUUGUGAUAUCUCCAAAACUAUUGUAAAUAAUUCCAGAUCAUUCAAAAUGGUAGCAUAUAACAAAGCCCAUUUGUUUUUAUAAAUAAUUUUUGAAAGCAUGCACUGCAUUUAAGCUAGUACCAAAUGCUUAUCUGUAAAUGGCUAGCAUUGGAAAAGAUGAAAGUAAAUAGACUUGUGGUUAGGGUUGGAAGAAAUAUCUUGUAUUAUCUAGCCCUAUCAUGCAGAAUUUUUCUACACUGAUCCCAUCUGAAGACAAAAAAUUUUUUGGACAUCUCUAACAGUGGCCACAAGGGAUGCCAGCUAGCCAUUAUAGCUAGCACCACAUAACAGGGUGGGAGCUGUGAGUGUGGGACACCCACUAACUAACGACAGGCUUCUCUUGAGAAGAGAGCUGCUAUAGGUCUAUCCCACAAAAGGACAGCACCGGGCAGAAGUAGGCCAGCUUCUACACCACCACCCCUUUUUCCCAUGGUUGUGAAAAUGUGGCUAAAGUUUUUAAUGUGUGUUUGUGUCCUGAUUCUGUGUUUCAUUACACCAGCUUUACUCUGGUGGAAUAUCAGUGACUGAGGUGAAGUUACACUAGCAUAAAAGUGAACAAUCAAGUCCACAGGUCCUAAAAUUGAAUCCAAAUGUCUCUUGCAUGUACAGUAUAAGUUCAGUACCCAUAUUUGUAAUUUUCUCCUUUGUUAUAACCUGUGAGUUUGCUCUAAUACCAAAAAUUAGUACCUCAUAAGAGCCAUCAACUUUGAAACCUUAAAUAUUACAAAGCACACUGCUAUCAGAAAAGAAGCUUCCUAGAAGAGCAACGUUUGUAAUUUAUACUAGUAUGUAUUAUUGAAUUUUUAGUGUCAAAGUUCUUUUUUCCAAAGUUGGUGGAAUAUGAACUAGUUGGGUAGCUGAUCUUU